AGUAGAGGAUUCCCGAAAGGGAGCGGGGAUAAGCCAGGAGCUGGACGGGGUGUGAAGGACCCAGCCUAAGUUUCUUCUCUCCAAAGCCACCUCCAGGGAGGGCGCGGCCGCUCACCUUCCUGCGUCUGCUCCUCCGGGGGGAGGAGAGGGCCCGACCCGGCGCCUCUAGGCGGAAGCGCCGUUGCCAUUGGCCCCGCGGCGGAUUUUACCUGCGCGGAGCCCCGGGGCCCAGAGCUCAAAGUCCGCGGCUCGACCGGGAGCGGCGGGCAGCGCAGGUGGGCCCACGCCCUCAGCCAGGCAAGAUGCCCCUGGGGCUGCGGGGAAAGAAGAAGCCCAAGUCCAAGGAGACCGCCCCUCUGGUGGAGGGCGAAGUGGCGGGCGCGGGCGUCGGGAGCCUCCCGGGCCCCCCAGCGCCGGCUCGCAAGCUGGUCUUCCACGCGCAGCUGGCGCACGGCAGCGCCACGGGCCGGGUGGAGAAUUUCUCCAGCAUCCGGGAGCUCUACGCUAAGAUCGCCGACGUGUUUGACAUCUCGCCGUCCGAGAUCUUAUAUUGCACUUUAAAUACACCUAAAAUUAACAUGGAGAAACUCCUGGGAGGACAAUUAGGUCUUGAAGAUUUCAUAUUUGCCCAUGUAAAAGGAACAGAAAAAGAAGUGAAUGUGUAUAAAUCUGAGGAUUCACUUGGUCUCACCAUCACCGAUAAUGGUGUUGGUUAUGCUUUUAUAAAGAGAAUUAGAGAUGGUAGCAUUAUUGACGCAAUUAAAACAAUUUGUGUGGGGGAUCAUAUUGAAUCCAUAAAUGGAGAAAAUAUUGUUGGGUGGCGUCACUAUGAAGUUGCUAAGAAGUUAAAGGAAUUUAAAAAAGAGGAACUCUUUACCAUGAAGUUGAUAGAACCUAAGAAAGCAUUUGAAAUCGGACCUAGGUCAAAAGCUGGAAAGUCAUCAGUAGACAAAAUCGAAUCUGGAAAGGAGACACUUCGCCUGCGAUCAAAAGGUCCUGCCACCGUGGAAGAAAUGCCCUCUGAAGCCAAUACAAAGGCAAUUGAAAAAAUUGAUGAUCUUCUUGAAUUGUACAUGGGAAUUCGAGAUAUUGACUUAGCUACCACCAUGUUUGAGGCUGGAAAGGGCAAACACAAUCCAGAUGAGUUUGCUGUGGCGCUCGAUGAGACUCUCGGAGACUUUGCGUUCCCAGACGAGUUUGUCUUUGACGUUUGGGGAGCCGUUGGGGACGCCAAGCAAGGAUGAGGCUGAUGCCGACGAUCCAUCCCUGAAGAAGUGCACCGUGGCUCUUUUUAAAAACAACCCCAUAAGAACUUCCUUUGGAAACUUCUGUGAACUUGGUUUAGCUUUGUGUAUGAAGAAUACAUUCUUUGAAAUCUUAUUUUGAUUUCUGAGUUAUUUUUAAUGCCAUUGUUUAUGUGGUAUGCCUAAGAAAAAUGAUCUAAAAUAUAAAUUGUAAUGUGAGUUCAAAAGUUGUUAAAGUAAAUUUUAAGGAGUAUUUCUAGACAGAUGAUUUUGCUUCCUGUGAACACCUGUGCUUUUCCACAUAUAAGUAGCUGAUGACAAUAGGUUUAUAAUUCUUUAAGUGAUGGAAAUUAAGAUUGCUGUGUAAUUUAUCUCAACACAUAUUCAUUUUGUUAUACCUGCUUGAACAGUACAUGUUAGGAAAUGAGAAGUGAAUUUUUUAUGCCCACCAUGGUUCUAGAAACACUGUUUUUUUUUUUUUUUUUUUUAAAUCUACUGUUUAAGGGAAUGAAGAUUCCACCGGCCUGUUGAUUUCUGUGCCCACCCCUCCACUGGAAAACAAUGAUUGGUUGAUUUUCUCUCUUCUGUUUUUUUGUGAUUGCUUUUAAGACUUAUGGUUGAGAGUUACUGUGCUGCGUGUGUGUUUGCAUGUGUGCAAGAAGAAUGAAAAAGAGGCAGAUAAGUUAGAAUCAUGUGCAUAUUUUUUUUUCUUUGCAGUUCUUAAGAUAUUUCCUUUUUUACCCAGGGCUAUUUUUAUGUUACCCUUUAUAAACACUCCAGGGAAGGUUAUAUAUUUUUUGCGGAAUUUUUCUUUUGAAAGCUAUUUACUCAGAAAAUAACUGUGUUUGAGAACAUUUGUUUUGGGAUUAGGCAGCAACCUUUUUCAGCCAUUUAAAGUUUAUGAGGAGAUACUAUCAGAAAUAGAUUUCCCCCCAGUGGAAAUAAAGGAGGAAAGGAGAAUGGAGGAAAAAUAUUAAUCUAUUAUUUUAGAGUUCUAACACACAUUCUCUAUAACCCUUAUAUUAUUGAGAAAAUUGAUGGUAAAUGACAGUUUUAUCACUGUUACUUGACAUUUUAUAGGUGUGAGAGAAAUGGAAAUGGAUGGUUUCCACAUAGGUCACUUAAUAGAGCAGAGCGUAGUGUGACCUAGCCUCCUUUAAAAGUGCUGGAUGGAAAAUGCUGCGUGUUGCCUUGGUAAUCAUAAGUAGCAACCUGUGAGGGAUGUGCACUGGGAAAUCGGAAGGAGUCCCUCUUCAUGCUGGGUUAUUGCUUAGAUAGCUCUGUUGUUUCUGGUAAAACUUUACUGUCAGCCACUUCUUUUUAUGUAAAUUUAAUGCUCUGAAGCUGGUAUUCUUUGUCCAAUUUGAAACCUGCACAAGAAGGUGUUUUAGUCAUUAAUGGAUAAGAAAAGUAACUUACAGGCUAUGAAUUGUUUUAUUACUUUUUCUUCUUUUGAAAAUAGGAUCCACGUCAGGCUAUAAUUUGUUGACCUUGUUUAGUGGGUUUCUUUCAGAAGUUCCCAAAAAUUCAUUCAUUUUUUUUUUUUUUUGAAAGGCACAGUGAUAGAUUUUCCACCUGCUGGUUCACUCCCCAAGGGCAGCUAUCAGCCAGGACUGGGCAAGGUUGUGAUGCCAGGCAUCAGGAAAUCCAUCAGGUCUCCAGUGUGGGUGGCAGGCACUCAGGUACUUGAGCCAUCAUCUGCUGCCUUCCAGGAUGCAAUAGCAGGAAGCCGAAUUGGAAGUGGAGUGGCUGGUACUGGAACUGGUACUCUUAUAUGGAAUGCAGGUAUUCUGAGUGGCAGCUUAACCUGCUGUGCCACAACAGCCACCACUCCUGUUUCUUCUUGAUACCACCUCUUUUAGAAAGAUACAAAAAAAGAGCCGGAGCAGGUAUUUGUUGAUUAAGACAUCUACGUCUCACACUGGAGUGCCUGAGUUUGAUUCCUGGCUAUGGCUGCUGUCUCCACCUUCUACCAGUGUAGAAUCUGGGAGGCACUGGUGAUGGCUCCAGUAAUUGGGUUCCUGCCAUGCCACAUGGAAGUCCUGGAUUGUGUUCCUGGCUUUGGCCUGGCCCAGCCCCAGCUUAGUGGGCAUUUGGGAAGUUGAAUCAAUGGAUGGAGCUCUCUCUCUCUGUCUCUGUCUCUGCCUCUCUUACUCUCAAAUAAAUAAAAAAGAAAAGAGCUAAUAUUUUUAGGAGUAGGAGAGUUAUUGGAGGAUUUAAGAGGCUUAUAGAAACAUUUUUAGUUUAAUUAUAGGAAUUUUUUUGGCACUAGAUGUUAAAUUUGAAACGAUUUGUUGCUUGUUAUUGACAGAUGUCAGUUUUUCGUUCCUUUUUGGGCAUGUAUGAAGACUGGUACUUGGUGCUGUUUUCCUUGUGAUGAGUAGAAUGCCAUAUUUACAGUGAUCAUUCCACAGUUUCGAUGUGUGAGGUACCAACAUCCAUGUAUUGCUAUAACUAUGCUUGUCUGUUAGCCUUCAGUGGGCCACUUCAGUGGGCCAACUAAGGACUUCAGUUGGGCCCAGGUACCUUUUAUACAAAUAGAUUUUUCUUUGAAAUGUCCCUGUCUCUUACCUCUAUAACUAAACUGGUAACCAUGUCAGUUUUUUUUAAUGUCUUUUGUUCACAUUUCUGAAAAUAUAUUUGUUUGUGAGCUUUGUGUCUUUUUAGUGCCCAAAAAGGAGCAGAGUCAGUGUUUAGUGCAGUCCCCUAGGUGUCGGCUAACCUCCUGCUGUGAUGAGAGAAUUAUUAUUUUUUUCUUUGGUAAAUGUUCCACUUAAUAAGCACUACUAGACAUUUUUAGGACUCUUGUUUUUUCUUGUUCUAUAGAUUCCCUCCCAAUGGUGAGUGAUUAUUUCGUUUGUUGUUGAUUUCCUUACACACAAAAUGGCAUCUUCUUUCAGUGACCACUAGGAAUGCACAAUAUAGGGGGAGGCUUUGAGGUCCAGGGAAUUAAGCUGCCUCUUAGGGUGACUGCAACCCAUAUGCAGUGCUGGUUCAAGUCCCAGCCACUCCACUUCUGAUCCUGCUUCCUGCUAAUGCACUUUAGAAGGCAGCAGAUGAUAGCCUAAAUAUCUUGGUCCCUGCUACCCAUAUGGGAGACCUGGAUGAGUACAGGGCUCCUGGCUUUGGUUGGGCCCAGCCCCUGGCAGUUGCAGGCAUUUGGAGAGUGAACCAACAGAUGGAAGAUCUGUUUCCAUCUGUUUCUCCAUCUCUCUUUGUUGCUGUUUCAAGUAAAUCUUAUGUGGCAAAACUUGCAGAUGAGCAUUGAACAUUGGAGUCACUGGGGCCUUGAGCAUAGCUGGGUCCUACUGUAUACAUUAUGAUGAUUACAGGUGGCACAUUUUGGAUUUUUGAGAUGUUUUAAAAUUUAAACUAUAUACUUUUAUUUUUUAAACUCUCUAAGAAAUCGAUUUUAAAAGCAGUAAUUAGUUAACUUCUGUGUGGAGCUUCUAUAACCAUUAUGAUAGCAUGACUCAUAAUUAACUAGGGAUAUAUAACUUUAUUUUUCCAAAUGAGAUAUAAUUUGCCAUAUAUUCCCCUGCAACUUUAGCAAAUAGACACUUUCCAAGUAAAGGACACUUCAUUGAUCCCACAUUAUUGUUAGACCUUCAUCACAUUCUGAAACUUGUGGUCUUUUUUGCCUAUCUAGCAUGGUAGCAAAAUUAAUUUCUUCCACGAAAUGGAGUUUUCAACAUAAUAGCUCUUCUAAAUAGAGCUCAGUUAUCUGCCAAAGAUGUAAAAGAUAGAUCAUAUUAGGCCUUUCACUCUCUGAUGCAUCUAAAAAUAGAUGGCUACCAAGAACCUGGCUAUUACUCUGGUGGAGGUGCUAGGUUAGAAGGACAGCUAAGUGCUUUACCCGAGCUAUUAGUGAAUAAAGGGAUAGGAGAUGCUAUGCAACUCACAGUCCCAAGUACCAGUGCCCCAUGUAAAGUACACACGUUAUUUUCUUGACACAGAUAGAGGGAAAUGUCAGAGUAAUUACAAGUCCCAGCACAUAUCAUAGUUAUAAAAUGCUUCUACAAUUGUGAAGUACAAAAUGGCACAGCCUGUCCCUAUCCUAUUACUUGAAAUCUUAGUUCUUAGAAAUGAUUCAUGGUUAUUAUCUGCAAGGAGGGGGGAAGUUGAAUAUGGCAUGUUUAUUUCAGUUGGAGACAGCAAGUCUCCAUAAGACUGAAGUAUAGUCUUUGAUAUUUUUCAAGCAAUGGCAAAUAGGAGAAAUUAAAAAAAAAUUUUGAAGAUGAUUUUGAGACAACAUUUAGUAUUUUGAACUGUGUCAUGUGAUAGUAUUGAUUAUAUACUGAUAAGGUAUUCUAUUUUGGAAAAAAGGUUUUCCUUUU